AUGAAACCAGGCUCAUUAGCUUACCUCCCUUCCCUCCCCGUUGAGCUGGUCGAGCUGAUUGCAGGCUUCCUCGACGCAGAUGGCUUAUUGGCACUACGUUUAGUUUGUCGCGAGCUUCAGAGGAAAACGUUUCAUCACUUUGCGCCGCGGUUCUUUUCAUCUAUCAAGACCGACCUCUCUGAAGACAGUCUACGUCGUAUCAACGCACUCUCGCAGAAUAUUGCAUUACGCCCUUACGUGAACGGGUUGGCGUUCAUGCUUCAAAAUGGUGUCGGUCGCGGCUUAGUUUGGGACCGUCAUCCAUGGGGUCCUAUCUCCGCUCCUCUAGAAGUCGAAGCGAUUCGGUCUCUGCGUGAUAAUUUGAUCCAGAACUUGACUAAUUGUCGAUCGUUCUUUAUUUUCUGUCGAUACCCAGAGGGCCAUCCGGAUAUGAGCCAUGUCACUAUCACGGACGCUGUCGCGGUGUUCUUUGCCCUGGUCGUCGAUGCUCGUCUGCCGGUUUCGUCGUUCCAUCUCAUAUAUGCCAACAAAUACUCGCGCACCUUAAUCAUGGACAUGCGUCGUCUUCCCAAGCUUCUCUAUCGCCAACCUGAAUUCAAGAUUGUGUGGGGCAAUUUACAAAAACUCUCUUUAGAACAAUAUCUCACGUUGGAUAACUUCGGUUUCCUACUUGAGCUUGUUCUUAGCGCUCCAAAUCUCCGAACUCUCCUAUUGAACCUCGGUUCCCACGACUUGGCAUCUGAAUUCAUUCAUGAACUGGCUGAGAGUGCCAGCUUUUCCCAACUGCGCGAACUCGCCUUGUUCCGAACAUCCAUGCGGGGCCCCGAUCUCCACAAGUUACUCGCCAAUAUCCGCCCAAACUUGAUGUCGCUCACAUUAUACCAUGUUUCCCUAGCACCAGGGAGCGAUUGGACUCUAUUUCUCAGGGAGCUGAGUCAGGGAUUUCUGGCUUUGCAGAGUAUCUCGCUAUAUUAUCUGUGGGCCAGCACGCCUGCUAAGGGACUCUUAACCUUUCCAGAUAUCCCAAAGACACCUUCGUUGUGUAAUUCGAAGGGCCAGCAUCUCAACGUAUUUUACUCUGAAGAUCUCAAAACUCCCACUGUUCUUGGGAUCGAGUAUUCUGGGUCGAAGAUGUCACAUGUGUUGAACUUAUUACAGACAAACACUGAAAGACCUUAUUCACAUUAG